UUAUGACUGUUGCACUGCACACGGCCACAGACCCGGUUCAGCUCUCGGAUUCAGAAACGUCGUUACAGUAAAGUAACAUUAUCGUUUUGCGUCCCAGGCUUUUUGGGUUUUAGUUUAAAUAGGUUUGGUUUGUUGGCUGGCGGAAUGCCACUGUCAAAUCCUAGCUUAUUUAAAUGACAAUUGAUUCGGAAAGCAAAGCGUUUUAACAUUCUCAAACCCACAAUUCCUGCAUUCAGGGAACUUUUGACUCCGUCCACCCUUCUUGGUGCGUCGGGCAUCCGUCUCUAAAGCAUAACUGGACUGAUGCUAACCCGCAGCGCAGCAUAUCCUUCUGUUAUCAUCAUCAUCACCUGCCAGCUCCUCAUGAUGACACCCACCGUCGUACACAUGCCUCUCGGUAUCAUUCACGUGACUCCAGAAACCGCUUUUCGGGUGGAGCACAGCGGUCAACUAGCUGUCGUGUAUGAGUGCAAAUUACAGGGGAUCCCCUGCGGAAUGUUUGUAGAGGGAACGUCCAACGCAGUGUCCGCCCACCUGCGAGGACACGGCAUCACUGGUCCGGACAGCGCCAGCACAAGUUGCACAUGGGGUGGCUGCUCCAAGAUUAUCACGAGGGGAGGUAUGGCAAGACAUAUCCUUACUCACCUUGGUGUCAAGGUUCGCUGCACCGUGUGUGGAGUUGUGAAGUGUCGUCGCGAUAUCCUUCGCGCACACAUGAGAUCCUCAGAGCCAUGUCAUUUCGCAUCUAUCGAUGUCGUCCAUGGACCCGAAGGGCACGUCCUUUUCCCUACAGGUUGGACCGCUACCCAUCAGGUCUAAUGAUCUCUGAUAUAUCAUCCUCACACGUUUUCUGGCACUGACACUGCUUUGUACUAGUUAGCACUUGUUGUAUAUAUAGCGAGAUUGUACGGUAGUAUGUCAUACGCACGAAAAGGUACCCAAGGGACGGGGAUCUUCGAAUCGGAGUUCAAGUUUAGCUG